AAGGACAGCCGCUCGCGCUGAGCAUCAGGUCAUUGGAUCCUCAGCAAAGCAGAACCUCGGACGGGAGUCGUGACAAGGAGACAUGCAUCUCUCAAAGACAAAGAAACACAAGCUCUCCCAAAACUGUUUGUAGGCCAAUAAUAUAUGUAUUUUUUUUUUUGCGUCAAUGAAAAUCAACAGGAUUUACCCACCACAAAGCAAAUGUAUUAUUGUCUUUUUUAUGGGAGUGUAAUGCAGGUUUAGAGAUCAGCUGGAGAAAAAACUCAUGAUGCACAUACCUCGACAGGGCGGACUAAUGUAAUUGCAUUCCACUGGUAUUGCUGUUAGCACAGGGUCGAGAGGACGCGUGAUCCAUGCGGAUCGGUUAGCUGGGCUGGCUACGACGCACAUCCACUCAACAGGAGACUCGGUCUGGCAGCUGUGUCGAUGUCAAAAUGCGUGUAUUUCUGCUUGCAUUUUUCAUCUCCUGCUCCUGUGCGGGUGGUGGAUGUGAACCCAAGAUUGUCAAUAUCGGAGCGGUCCUGAGCCAGAAGAGGUAUGAACAGGUGUUCAAGGACGCCGUCACCCAGGCAAACACGCUGUAUGGGAAAGAUAAGUUCAAGAUGAACGCCAUCUCUGUCACUCAUAAACCCAAUGCAAUUCAGAUGGCUCUCUCCGUCUGCGAGGACCUCAUCUCGAACCAGGUGUAUGCCAUUCUGGUGAGCCACCCGCCUCAAUCGAAUGACCAUCUGACCCCCACACCCGUGUCCUACACCGCAGGGUUCUACCGUAUCCCUGUGGUUGGGCUCACCACCCGCAUGUCCAUCUAUUCGGACAAGAGCAUCCACCUGUCUUUCUUGCGUACCGUGCCCCCCUACUCCCACCAAGCCCAGGUGUGGUUCGACAUGAUGAGAGAGUUCCGCUGGAACCACAUCAUUCUGAUAGUGAGCGACGACCACGAGGGCCGCGCUGCCCAGAAGAGGCUGGAGACCCUGUUGGAGGAGAGGGAGACCAAGAAUAAAAACAAGAACUAUGAAAACCUCGACCAACUGUCCUAUGACAACAAGCGAGGACCCAAGGCAGAGAAAGUUCUCCUGUUCAGCCAAGACACCAACCUGACAUCCAUGCUGCUGGAGGCCAAGGACCUGGAGGCUCGCGUCAUCAUCCUCUCUGCCAGCGAGGACGAAGCGGCGUCGGUCUACAAAGCUGCCCGCCAGCUCAACAUGACGGGCUCUGGCUACGUGUGGCUGGUUGGAGAGAGGGAGAUGUCUGGUAAAGCUUUGAGUGAAGCACCAGAUGGCUUGCUCGGCCUUCAGCUCAUCAACGGCAAGAACGAGUCGGCGCAUAUCAACGAUGCCGUGGCUGUGGUGGCACAGUCCAUCCAGGAGCUCUUUGAGAAGGAGAACAUCACAGAACCGCCUCGCGGCUGUGUAGGCAACACAAACAUCUGGAGGACUGGACCGCUCUUCAAACGAGUGCUGAUGUCAUCCAAGUACCCAGAUGGCCUGACAGGACGCAUAGAGUUUAAUGACGAUGGUGACAGGCGUUUUGCUACCUACAGCAUCCUCAACUACCAAAAGACCAGGCUGGUGCAAGUGGGCAUUUUCAACGGCACCCAAGUGGUGAUGAAUCCGCAGAGGAAGAUCAUUUGGCCAGGAGGAGAGACGGAGAAGCCAAGAGGAUACCAGAUGUCUACCAGACUAAAGAUAGUAACCAUUCAUCAGGAGCCAUUUGUCUAUGUCCAACCCACAACAAGUGACGGAACUUGCCAAAAAGAGAAAACUGUUAAUGGACUUAAAGAUGUCCAAAAAGUUAUAUGCACUGGCCCCAAUGGAACCAUACCAGGACAGCCUAUAGUACCCCAAUGCUGCUACGGCUUUUGCAUUGACCUCUUGAUUAAACUAGCGGAUACCAUGAACUUCACCUAUGAGGUUCAUCUGGUGGCUGAUGGGAAGUUUGGUACACAGGAGCGGGUGAACAACAGCAACAAGAAGGAGUGGAACGGCAUGAUGGGAGAACUCCUGGGUGGCCUGGCAGACAUGAUUGUGGCUCCGCUCACGAUCAACAACGAACGCGCCCAGUACAUCGAGUUCUCAAAACCCUUUAAGUACCAGGGGCUUACCAUCCUCGUGAAAAAGGAAAUACCACGCAGUACUUUGGAUUCGUUCAUGCAGCCCUUUCAGAGCACCCUGUGGCUGCUGGUGGGUCUAUCGGUCCAUGUGGUGGCGGUGAUGCUCUACCUAUUAGACCGGUUCAGCCCAUUUGGAAGGUUUAAAGUGAAUAGCGAAGAAGAAGAAGAGGACGCCCUCACCUUAUCCUCCGCCAUGUGGUUCUCUUGGGGGGUCCUUUUGAACUCCGGGAUAGGAGAAGGAGCACCCCGGAGCUUUUCAGCAAGGAUCUUAGGUAUGGUGUGGGCUGGAUUUGCCAUGAUCAUUGUGGCAUCCUACACAGCCAAUCUGGCAGCCUUCCUAGUGUUGGACCGGCCUGAGGAGCGCAUCACCGGCAUCAAUGACCCCAGGCUGCGAAACCCAUCAGACAAGUUCAUCUACGCCACAGUGAAGCAGAGUUCGGUGGACAUCUACUUCCGGCGCCAAGUGGAGUUGAGCACCAUGUACCGCCACAUGGAGAAGCACAACUACGAAAGCGCUGCUGAGGCCAUCCAAGCUGUGCGCGACAACAAACUGCACGCGUUCAUCUGGGACUCUGCCGUCCUGGAGUUUGAGGCAUCACAGAAGUGUGACUUGGUGACAACGGGAGAGCUGUUCUUCCGCUCCGGCUUCGGCAUAGGCAUGAGGAAGGACAGCCCUUGGAAGCAAAACGUUUCCCUGUCCAUUCUUAGCUCUCAUGAGAAUGGGUUCAUGGAGGAACUAGAUAAAACCUGGGUGAGAUACCAGGAGUGUGACUCCAGGAGUAAUGCCCCGGCCACCCUCACUUUUGAGAACAUGGCAGGUGUGUUCAUGUUGGUUGCUGGGGGUAUCGUUGCUGGAAUCUUCCUCAUCUUUAUUGAGAUUGCGUAUAAGCGCCACAAAGAUGCCCGCAGGAAGCAGAUGCAGCUGGCCUUCGCUGCGGUCAACGUAUGGAGGAAGAACCUACAGGAUAGGAAAAGUGAUAGAGCAGAGCCUGACUCCAAACAGAAAACCUCUUUUAGGUCCAUCAGUACCAACCUGGCCUCCAACAUCAAGAGACGUAGGUCCUCCAAAGACACGCCUUAUCCCACGGACAUCACAGGCCAGCUCAACUUGUCAGACCCCUCUGUCAGCACGGUGGUGUGAGAGAUUGAGAGAGAGAAAUGAGAGGACUGAAAUGAGAGAGAGGAUCCUGGUUUGGAGACAGAAGCUGGUCCAUUGCUGCUACGCCACCUGAGCCAUUGCCCAUCCUGCUCUCUAUCUACCCACAUAGAACAUGUGUUCUGCUCAUUCCCCACCAAACACAACAGGCAGGAACUGGAUAGCUGACAUCCCACUGACAAACUGUGCCAAUUCACAAUGGAGCCAAACCACCUGUUUUUUCACACACAGAGGCCUGACCCAGCACAAUGAUAGCUUUAGGUUUAUUUUUAUAAUCUGCCUGCUAGAGUCAUGUAGUUGUGUACUUUACGUGUGAAACAACAAGAAAUAUAUACAUUUUCUGAUCAUGUCAUUCGCAAUACAUCGUCAUGCACUGUGUUUCUGAUUUCAAUAAGCGAUAGAUUUAAUAGAUCAUGUUUAAGAGUAUUUUGUGAUGUCAAUGUCUUACUACCUCCACUUAUUUAGACGAACCUUUUCGAACAUUUAGGCCACUGUAGUUAGAACUAUUUGACAUUGUAAGGUUUUCCUGUGUUCCAUUUAUCGACAGGUUUUUGUUAGCAUUAGCUAAUGCGGUGUAGUGUGGGGCAAUAACAAUGGACAAGUUGUCAAUUUAUAAAUUAGCAGCAUACAGCUAUGCUAGAAUCUAAGUGUAAAUCCGAGUUAAGCACACUUUGUCCAUUGUAGCACUCAUAUCAGCUGCAAUCCCUUUCUUUAGCUAUAGAUGUCUUAGCCCCUUUUAUGUGUUAAUUUACUUCAUUCUCUCAGUGGUAGUACAGCAGUGAUUGCGUGGCAGACUAUUCUCAGCAUUCAACAAUACUACAAUCUUUCUGAGCCAAAAGUCUUUGGCAUGACAUCGGUGUAGGAGUUGCCAUCAACAGAAAUAGACUGGUAACCACUAGUGCUGUAGGCUAUGUUGUUGUAGAGAGCAAUUUUCUUGAACAUUUGUUGAUUUGACAGUGUUACAUGGUCAUUAAUGCAAAUCAAUUUAUCAGUCAACAUCAAGCCUCUAUAUAGCCUAUAUAGUGCCUUCAGAAAGUAUUCAUACCCCUUAUUCCAAAUGUUGUCUUGUUACAGCCUGAAUUCAAAAUUGAUUAAAAAAUACAUUUUUCUCGCCCCUCUACACACAAUACCCCAUAAUGACAAAGUGAAAACAUGUUUUUUGACAUUUUUGCAAAUGUAUUGUAAAUGAAAUACAAACAUAUCUAAUUUCCAUAAGUAUUCACACCCCUGAGUCAAUACUUUGUUGAAGCACCUUUGGCAGUGAUUACAGCUAGGAGUC